AUGUCUUUCAUUCCCCAUAAGAAUAAUCUUUCUUUCUUUCUUUCUUUCUUUCUUUCUUUCUUUCUUUCUUUCUUUCUUUCAUUGAACCUUUUUUUCUUUCUUUCUUUCUUCUUUCUUCUUUCUUUCUUUCUUUCUUUGAACCUUUGUUUAGUUUCUUUCUUUGAACCUUUGUUUAGUUUAGUUCUUUCGUUCUUUAGUUUAGUUUCUUUCUUUCUUUCUUUCUUUCUUUUUUCUUUCUUUCUUUUGAACCUUUGUUUAGUUUCUUUCGUUCGUUCUUUUAGUUUAUUUAGUUUCUUUCUUUCUUUCUUUCUUUCUUUCUUUCUUUCUUUCUUUCUUUCUUUCUUUGAACCUUUGUUUAGUUUCUUUCGUUCGUUCUUUAGUUUAGUUUCUUUCUUUCUUUCUUUCUUUCUUUCUUUCUUUGAACCUUUUGUCUUUCUUUCUUUCUUUCUUUCUUUCUUUCUUUCUUUCUUUCUUUCUUUCUUUCUUUCUUUCAAUAUUUGUCCCGUUCUUCCUUUUCCCAAGAACACUCGCUCUUUCGCUUGCUUCUAUCUUUCCGCCGCCCGUGUUAAAUCUGUUUACUCAUUAGUCCUUUCUGUGCCGCUUCCCCCACACCUCGAUUUCUUCGUCACUAUUUUAUUUGAGCUUGAUAUAUGUUCAAUCUUUUUUUCUUUUUCUUUCUUUCUUUCGUUUAGUUUCUUUCUUUCUUUGGCCUUUCGUUUACGCUUUUCUUUCUUUCUUUCUUUCUCUCUUUUUUCGUUUAGUUUCUUUCUUUCUUUGGCCUUUCGUUUACGCUUUUCUUUCUUUCUUUCUCUCUUUCUUUCGUUUAGUUUCUUACUUUCUUUGGCCUUUCGUUUAAGGUCUUUCUUUCUCCCUUUUUUAUUUGUUUCUUUCUUUUUUCUUUCGUUUAGUUUUUUUUUUAUUUCUUUGUACUUUCGUUUCAGUUUUUCUUUCUUUCUUUUAGUUUCUUUCUGUCUUUGGCCUUUCGUUUGGGUUUUUCUUUGUUUCUUUGUUUCUUUGUUUCUUUCUUUUUUUUCUUUGUUUCUUUCUUUCUUUCUUUAA